AUGCCCAUGCGUCCAAUUGUAUCAUCUUUGAAUUUACCAUGCUAUGAGCUUUCCAGAUUUGUUGGUAGAAUUUUACAAUCAGUGACGAAUGAAACAAAAUACACUGUAAAAAAUUCUUACGAAUUUGUUGACAAAGCGAGAAAUGUUAAAUUACAAAGUAAUGAUGUAUUGGUCUCGUUUGAUGUUAUUUCAUUAUUUACUAACAUCCCAGUACAAUUGGCUAUUAAUAUUAUUAAAAAGAAAUGGGAUACGAUUAGCAGACAUACCAAAAUCAGCCAAACUAAAUUUAUUGAAAUCAUGGAUUUUUGCUUAAAAGACAACAACUAUUUGCAGUUUAAGGACAUUAUCUACAAACAAAUUUUUGGAAUGCCAAUGGGUAACCCUCUUUCGCCCACUAUUGCUGAUUUGGUAAUGGACCAUUUACUUGACGAAUGUUUAACUGGAUGUAAUGCAAAACCAAAUUUUAUAGUGAAAUAUGUUGAUGACAUAUUUGCGGUUAUGGACAAAUACAAAGUCGCAGACUUAUUAUUGAUCCUGAACGGAUUCCACUCCAAACUACAGUUCACUGUUGAAAACGAAAACAACAGUUCUAUAUCGUUCCUUGAUGUCAAAAUCCACCGUAUGGACACUCAAUUGUCGUUUGAUUGGUUUCAAAAACCAACAGCAUCAGGACGUCUGAUCAACUUCCGGUCCAACCAAGCCAAACACAUAAUCUUCAACACAGCUUCCAAUUUAAUUAACAAAGUUUUUACGUUAAGUGACGUAAGAUUCCACCAUUCAAAUACCAUCAAAGUGACCAAAAUUUUAAGCGACAACGGUUUCCCGCCAGCAAUUAUUCGUGGCUUAAUUUUACAACAACAAUGCAGACGCGCUAAACAACAAAGUGAGGAUAACAACAAAGGAUACUUCAAAAGCAUUGUUUACGUUCCAAAACUGGCUGAGAGUUUUAAGCAAGUUGUCACCAAAAACAUCCAAGAUGUCCGAUUGGCUUUUAAAUCUAACCAGACAAUUAGACACCUUUUCACCAAACUAAAGACCAAAAUAGACAGAGAUAAACGCACUGAUGUGAUUUAUAAAAUAAACUGCAAAGAUUGUCCAACCACAAAUCUGACAUCAAAAACAAUAACCUGGCUAAAACCGCAUUGGCGGCCCAUUCAAUAG